UCUCUACUUUUUUGUGGAACGAUUCUGCAGUUCCCAGUCUCCUAGUCAUUCUAUUCUAUGGAGGCUACAAAGAUCCUUCAGUUCGCCUGGGGACGCUCCUAAAAGACCCGCACAGGGCCCUCCUUGCCCCUCGCUGCGGCCCAGAGCCCCGCGUCCGCGCGCUAACUGGGAGGGGAGGGCCGACACCACUUCCUCCCCGAGGCGGCAGACCUCAGCCCGGCCGGCCGGCGACUGCACAGCGGAGCCCCGCCGCCCGGCUCAUCCGCAUCCCGGCCCCGCGCAUCCGCACCCCGCCGGCAAGAUGGGUGAGUCGAAUGAAGAUAUAGACCAAAUGUUCAGCACUUUGCUGGGAGAGAUGGAUCUCUUAACACAGAGUUUAGGAGUCGACACUCUUCCUCCUCCUGAUCCUAAGCCACCCAGAGCUGAAUUUAACUACAGUGUGGGUUUCAAAGAUUUAAAUGAGUCCUUAAAUGCACUGGAAGACCAAGAUUUAGAUGCUCUUAUGGCUGAUCUGGUAGCAGAUAUAAGUGAAGCUGAGCAGAGGACAAUCCAGGCCCAGAAAGAAAGCUUUCAGAACCAGUCUCAUUUUGCACCUCCGGAGACAUCAGCUCACUCCAGUGCAGCCUGUCACGGUGAUGCAGCGCAUGCGGCCUCGAUUACUAUUAGCCAGUGUGAGGGUGAUUUACCACCCCCGCCGGCAGAUCCUGUGUUAGACCUUCCGCUGCCUCCACCACCCCCUGAGCCUCUCUCUCAGGAGGAAGAGGAGGCCCUCGCCAAAGCUGACAAAAUCAAGCUGGCGCUGGAGAAGCUGAAGGAGGCCAAGGUUAAAAAGCUGGUGGUCAAGGUGCACAUGUUUGAUAAUAGCACAAAGUCACUGAUGGUGGAUGAGCGACAAUUGGCCCGAGAUGUUCUGGACAAUCUCUUUGAGAAAACCCAUUGUGACUGCAGUGUGGACUGGUGCCUUUAUGAAACAUAUCCAGAAUUACAGAUUGAGAGAUUUUUUGAAGACCAUGAAAAUGUUGUUGAAGUCUUAUCAGACUGGACAAGGGACACAGAAAAUAAAGUACUGUUUCUGAAAAAAGAAGAAAAGUAUGCUGUAUUUAAAAACCCCCAGAAUUUCUACUUGGAUAACAAAGGUAAAAAAGAAAACAAAGAAACUUCUGAGAAAAUGAAUGCCAAGAACAAGGAAUACCUGCUUGAGGAAAGUUUCUGUGGAACAUCUGUCCUUGUGCCAGAACUUGAAGGAGCUCUUUAUUUGAAAGAAGAUGGAAAGAAAUCCUGGAAAAGGCGCUAUUUUCUUUUACGGGCUUCUGGAAUCUAUUAUGUACCCAAAGGAAAAACUAAGACAUCCCGAGAUCUUGCAUGUUUUAUACAGUUUGAAAAUGUUAACAUUUACUAUGGGAUUCAGUGUAAAAUGAAAUAUAAAGCGCCCACUGACUACUGCUUCGUCUUAAAGCACCCUCAAAUUCAGAAGGAGUCUCAGUAUAUCAGACACUUGUGCUGUGAUGAUGCCCACACUCUGCACCAGUGGGUAAUGGGCAUAAGGAUCGCCAAGUAUGGAAAGACUCUCUAUGAUAACUAUCAGCGGGCUGUGGCAAGAGCUGGACUUGCCUCUCGGUGGACGAACCUGGGGACUGUCAACACGGCCACUCCAGCUCAGCCUUCUACAGGAUUUAAAACAGGUUCCAGCCAGCCCAAUGGUCAGAUUCCCCAGACUAUACCUUCAGUCAGUGCUGGUCUCCAAGAGGCCCAGAGACAUGAAACGAUUAAGGAUAAGAAGCCAUCCUUGAGUUCCACCGAGCCUGGAGCGCCCAGAGACCCGCCCGGUGCGAGGUCCAGCCUGCCGCCGCCGCCGCCGCCCGUGCGCCGGUCCUCAGACACCUGCGCCCGGGCCGCCAGCCCCUUCCCGGCGCCGCCCGACGACCUGCCGCCGCCCCCGCCGCCGCCGCCCCUGGAGGACCCGGCGAUGCUGCCGCCGCCCCCCGCCCUGCCCGAGCCGCCCCCGGACUGCGUGCCCCCGCCGCCGCCGCCGCCCGGCCCCGGCCCCCAGCCCGCCAGGCCAUCCCCCGGGGCUGGCAGGAGGCCUCCGGUGCCCCCCAAGAGGCAGGAGAACCCCGGACUGCCCAGCGCGGGAGCGGGCGGGGAGCAGGAUUUCAUGUCCGACCUCAUGAAAGCGCUGCAAAAGCGAGGCCACAUGCCCUGAGGGGUACCCGGGCGUCCCCUCUCCUAAUGACGGCUUCCAAUGAUGGCUGUGGCAUCUGGUACAUCUCAGUCACCUGUUGAAGUUUUCAGACUGGAAAUGCUGCAAAAGCCCUCGCUGUUCAUCUACACCCAUACCCAUUAAACUGGCACAAUCCAAGUAUUUACACCAGAAUGGGGUGUAUCUUUUUUCCCAAGUUAAAUGAUGAUGUUUCAGGUUUGUUCGUUGUGUUGUGAUCAAAAGGCUCAAAUUAAUAAAAGUUGAACGUUUUCUGAAAA